AUGAGGUACCUCUGGGCAUGCUGCACUAUAGUGGUUCAAUUUGUUAUAUAUAUAGAUGCAGCUUAUUGUGAUUUUGACCAUCCACAUGGCUCACUUGCCAGCAGUGCUCUCGUCAGGUGUGACAUGGAUAUCGACGACAUGGCCUCCGCAUCCGCCAUAUGCCCACGUCAAAUCAACAACACCGAAUAUGUUUGGCACCCUCGUUCAACAUUGGAUGAGCAAGCUCAUAUCAACACAUACGUGGGCGGAAAUGGCAGGCUCACUUCCGUUGCUAUUUCGGAUGUCGUGCAUAAUGACUCCUCGAAUAAACUUAUCUGGGUGGAAUCGAAUCAGUCAGAUACAGAACUGCAUUUCAACAAACCACCUGAUCAAUUUGUUGCAAUUACCGAACACCGUUUGAUAUUCAUCUGUGGGACGAAAGAUUUUGUUUUGAGUGAUGCCUUGCAGCGCCAUAUUUACCAUUUCAGUGUUACUCAACCGCAGAAACUUCCUUGGACUCCAUCCACGCCACUGACGGAGGAGAUAACCAAGAUAGGGAACGGGUUGGGCGUGGUUUUCAUGAACCGAGGAAAUGCGCAUCUACCCCUCCAGGGUUGUGGCGGCCGUCCCUCGCCACCAUCCAGAUCGAGAGCUACUAAUUUAAGUGAUGAGUUGCUCCGAUGUGGUAACUUGUCGGUGAACUGCAAACACUAA